AUGGAGAGGUUUUUGAAGAUCCAACCCCUCAUCUUUGCUGGAAUUAGUAGAGAUACACUACAGCCCGUUAAAUGGGUUAAAGAAAUGGAAAAGGCUUUCAAGUUUCUAGGGUGUACUGAUGAACAGAAGCUUGUAUGUGCUGGAUAUAAACUCCAAUAUGAAGCAGAAGCAUGGUGGGAAACUACAAGGCCUAUCCUAGAGGCUGCCCACCCAGUCUUGUCCUGGGAAGUUUUUAAAGAGGCCUUCUUUGGAAACUACUUUCCCACCAGUGUAAGGAAGAAGAAGGAGAUUGAAUUGGCUGAGUUGACACAAGGGCCAAAGUCUGUGUUGGAAUACCAACAAAAGUUUGAGGAGCUUUUCUUCUUUGCUCCUCCUCAUCUAAACAAUGAUGAAGUAAAGCCACAGAAGUUUGAAGACGGAUUGAAGCCACAGAUUGCCUCUAUUAUGUUCCCCAGAGUGAACCAAGGGUAUUCUGAGACCGUACAGAUGGCUAAGAAGAUUGAGGAUAAGCAAAGGGAUGCUUAUCACGUGAGCCAGACAUCCAACAAGAGAGCAGCACCCUUCUUCGAUAGAGGAUUCAACAAGUUCAUGAAAUCUUUUGGACCUAGUACAGCUUCAGUUUUGCCACAGAGGAGCGAGUCUGAGUCUUCAGUCUCCAGACCUGUGUAUGCUAGCCCCAGUACCAAGGCAAUAGAUACAACAACUCCAGCAAGCACUGCAGAGUUUAAGUGCUACAGUUGUGGUCAGAUGGGGCAUACCUCCAGAACCUGCUACAACAGGAGGCCUGUUCUUCCCGCUCGCCAGCCAGCCUGUAAGCCUCAGGGCCGAGUAUAUUCUGUGACUGCAAGUGAGGCUGAGGCUAACCAGGCAGUGGUUACUGGUACCAUUCUCAUCUAUUCUACUCCUACAUACACCUUGUUUGAUACAAGGGCGAUACAUUCCUUUGUGUCUCCGUCAUUUGCUAAGAGGACGGGUGUAUCACCUAAGUGUCUGACAGAGGGUCUAGCAGUUAGCACACCUACUGGGUCAAGGAUAGAUUUGAACACAUUGUAUGAGUCGUGUGCUGUGAGAAUUGCUGGCAGAGACAUGAAUGCUCAUCUGAUUCAACUCGAUAUGAUUGACUUUGAUAUCAUAUUGGGAAUGGAUUGGUUGGCAGCAUAUAAGGCCAAUGUGUUAUGUGCUGACAGGAAGAUUGUAUUCCAGCCUAGAGGCGAGAAGGGAUUCGUCUUUGUGGGUGACAAGAAGAAGAAACCCAGAAAGAUGGUGAUUUCAGCCUUAAAGAUGAAGAAGAUGUUGAACAAGGGAUGCCAAGGAUACCUUGUGUCAGUUAUGGAUACCAGGACACAGGUUAGGCCUAUAUCAGAGAUCCCUAUUAUUGGGGAAUUUUCUGAUGUCUUCCCUGAUGACUUGACAAGUCCACCUCCACCAAGGGAGAAUGAGUUUGUGAUUGAUCUAAUACCUGGUGCGGCGCUGUGUUAUUUGUGA